AUGGCCUCGCGGCUGGAGGCCGCCGUGGAGACGCUCAUCCGCGUCUUCCACCGCUACUCGGCCCGCGAGGGCGCCCGGCGCACGCUGAGCCGCGCCGAGCUGCGGGAGCUGCUGCGCACCGAGCUGGGCGGCUUCCUGCAGAGCCGCUGGGAUGCGGGCGCCGUGGAGAGGAUCCUGCGGGAGCUAGACGAGGACGGGGACGGCGAGCUGGACUUCCAGGAGUACGUGGCGCUGGUGGCCGCGCUCACCGUGGCCUGCAACGCCUUCUUCUGGGAGCAAGCCUGA